CAAAAAAAAAGUUUAAUCAAAUCGUUAAAAACCAUAGGUGUUUGAUUUAGAAAAUUAAAAAAUAAGGUGGCUAUAUUAAAAGAUCCCAAAACGAAAAGCCAUUUCUUUGGAGAACGAAAUAGCAAAUGGCAGAGGAAGUGGCGCUGGACGUGGAGGAGCUCCGCCACCUUCAGAGCAUUGCGAAACGAUCCCGUGUCAUCAACCUCAUUUCCACUGAGAUUCGCACUCCGGAGAAAAAGAUGUCACAAGAGGCUGCUGCUUCACCUGCACUGCAAAUCCCAACUCCAAUUUCAACUGAUACUGCCACCCCAACUCUGCAUUACACUGCGCUUUCGUCGUUCAGCUGGGAUCAGGACAACGACAAAGUGAAGAUAUACAUAUUUCUGGAGGGAGUUGAUCAGGAGAAGAUAGAGACCGACUUCAAGCCUAUGUCAUUUGACAUCAAACUCCAUGAUGUGGAAGGAAAGAAUUACAGGUUCGGUAAGCUGAACAAGGAGAUCAAUCCAGAGAAGUGUAAGGUGCUGGUUAAGCCUACAAGGGCUGUUAUCAAUUUGGCUAAAACUUCAAAGGAUUACUGGUUAGACUUGAAAUUUAAGGAGGACAAGCUGAAGCCGAGUCUGGAUAAAGAGAAAGAUCCCAUGGCAGGAAUCAUGGACUUGAAGAAGAAUAUGUACGAUGAAGGGGAUCCGGACAUGAAACGAACAAUUGCCAAAGCGUGGACUGAUGCAAAGUUUGGACAAACCGGGUGAUCUAUCAAAGGGGUUUCAACUAAACAUGGAGCUGACAUUGUUUUUUUAGUAGUUUUUUCGUUUAUAUGAUCUUAAUCCUCAGUGAGUUCUUUCAUGGUAGGAUGGUUCUUCGUGUUAUGAAACUCUGUUGCACGUAGCUUUUCUAAAGCUCUAUGUAAAAGACUGGAAGAAUAUCAGUUUACAGUUUAGCAGAACAACUCGCCUGAGUAGCAGCUAAUUGAUGAUCUGAUGUGUUUUUGUGGGAUUGGAAGGGUGAAUGUUGCAUUCUGGAAUUUAGGGUUUAGAUUUUCGUAUGGUUUGACUGUGACAUAGGGAGGAUCCCUUUUCACCUAAUCCACCUAGUCUG